CGAUGGUGCAUUCUAUGGGCGACCUAUUCAAUUAUGGUAUCAAACUGCUGGUAUUCUAACUGCAAUUGGUUUUGCUGCUUUAUGUACUGCUGGUAUUCUUUAUCCAUUAGAUUGGAUCAUAGGUAUUCGUUUAGCUAAAGAAGAUGAACUUGAAGGACUUGAUUUAACAGCACAUGGCGAAAGUUGGGAAGUAGCAGCAUCACGUGCUGUUGGUGAUUUAGUAAAGCAAAUUCUAGAAGAACAAGGUACUAACAAAGAAAAAAUUGAAGAUAAUGGUUCGUUUGAAUUACAUUAUACACCUUCCGAUUCGAAUGCCAAAUCGUUUUCAGUUCCCCUCUCAACGCGACAAACAACUAUUGACUUUGAAUCUGACGAUCGAUGUUGGAAGUAA